UUGCAACCUGCCGAAGCAGCAACAGAGAAGGAGGGAAAAUGUCGCUGGCGUCGAUGCCGACCGGUCCUGGAUCAGUGUCUUUUUAGGAAACUUCACAAGGCAACCCGAUUGAAUCCUCUGCUGUGUUGUUGGCUUGACUGGUUACAGCUUUGUGAAAAGAAAGUGAAAAAUUUUGACUGUUUCAAUGUGGGAGGUUUUACCUGGACUGUAGCGAGGUCCCAGUUUACCUCCCACUAUAAGAAGUUUAAAACAGAAGGGUAUACAAUAACACUGCAUGGGCACUUGAGGCAACCCGAUUGAUAAUUACAGCCUCUGGAGCCUCCUCCAACAGCAGGAAAGGUACAAUUUCAGCAAAGACAUGGACCCAUCAGCAAGGGUGGUGGGUCUGGAUGCCCAGGGGAACAUGGUGUUCACGGUGGUGAAACCAGUUAUGGGCAUCUUUCAGGUUUCUUCAGAUCAAGCUGGUAGUGUAGUACAAGGGGGCAUAGACCUGCAGGGUUUAUCUGAAAGCACACUGGUCUUGCCUCAACUGCAGGACCAGGCUCCACUAGAUCAGAACCAGGUGGAAAUGCACAACAUGCAGCCUCACAUCCCACACCAGAUGCAAGUAUUUGCACCCAUCCAGGAUAAGGAUGUGUCUCAGAAUCAGGAGCUGCCACCAAACUCAAGCACAAACACAGCGUCGAGGACCCAGAUGCCCUUUGCAGAGGUUUCGUCCCUCCUGGAUCCCAACAUGAAAGGAUCCAAGGCUCGGAAGUAUCUAAUCUCAUAUGAUGAAAUCAAGCGGCGCCUGCAGGCCCCAGAGAAAAUGUCACUGCGCUCUUUGGCAGCGUACACUCGGGUCAGCAGAGGUCCAGCCAGCAAGAAAACAUUACAGGAGUCACUCAAUGUCCUCGGCCUCACACCAAGCACAACUACCUCUGUAUCCUCCUCGUUCUCCAAACUCACUGAAGGCGACACCAAGGCUUUAUGUGAGGACAUGAAAGAUUUUGCCCACGACUACAUUGAUUACGGCAACAUGGCUAAACAGCUCAUCCCUGAGACAAACACAGUCCAACACUGGUCCAAAAUUAUUGAAACUAAGAAUCACCUUGAGGAUAUGAGAAAAUGUUUCAAGGACCCGGUCAACAGUGGCGCCUUUGACAACGUUACUCACGGACUCGGCCUGGGAAUGUUAGAUGAGGCUCUGGACAUGAUCGUUAUGGUCAUCGAACAGCAGAUCCGCAUCUUAUCUGGUGCAGCGGCGUCAGACCCAAGUGAUUCUGGUCCGCCAAUGCGACGUAUCCGUCGCCGCCACUGCAAAGCUCACUUAAAUGACACCCAGAAACCUCAAAAGGUUUCUGGGGGGGGGAAAGACCAAGGAAAGAUCAUCUCAAAAGGCAAGGGGCGAGGCAAAGCCAGGAAGAAAAUCAGACACGAGAGUGCAGCUGUUGCUCCAGUAGAAAUCCAGACAGAGCACUGCAAACCAGAUGAUGUGCAGCGCAACGUCCUUAUGCUUACUCUUGGAUAUGAGACUGUUUCCAGUGGUGUCAAUGGAGCCGGAGCUGUUUGACAGCCAGUCCUGUGAUAGGUCUAAAGAACCCAUAACAUUCCCAAUUUAUAGGUUUAGUUAAGAAUGGAACACUCUGCACAGGCUGAGCUGGGUUGAGCUUCUGAGAACAGCCAGCACAGCGUCAGAAUAUAAUGCCACACAUGGAGUCUUAACCCCCAUUUAUACCUGGUAUUAACAUCCACCCUGAGUGGUCCGAUCCAGUCCAGACUGUGCCAAGUACAGGUCUGAACUAUGUCCACAUUCGGAGAAGGUUUGAGGAUGCACAUGGCUACAUUUAGGCAUGAACACAAUCCACUCUCAGGAUGGAUUAGAGACCGUCUCCUUAAACUGACAUCUCUGACUGGCAGUCGUUCCAUGAUAUUUGUUUGUUGUUUUUUAAGCACAGGAAGAGCUUUGAUUCACAAAUCACAGCUUCUGUCAUCUCUUUCUCUCUCUCUGUCUCUGUCACUCACGCACAGACAGACACAUUGUCAACACACUGAGUUGUUCUUGCGAACAGCCGUGACAUCACUGAAUGUGUUGAUUAAAGGGUCUGGUCGCCAGAUCUGACACAUUUCCAGGAUGCAUUUCAAUGCCAGGUGUGAAUGCACCUGCAGCACUAUCUACAUGAGAUCAAAUCACUGAGAACACAUGUUAAUAUCAGGUCAAGUGGAGUGUCUCCACUAAAAAAGGUACCUGGUACCAGGUACUUUUUUUACUCAAACAAUGUAGACCUGUAGAUC